AUGGAUAAAUCUUGGAUGCAUAUUGAAGAUAGAUUGCGGUCCCAUGAAUAUGCUGAAGGAGUUAAUCAUUUCUUAUCAAUGGCUCAAUCCAAUUCUCCUUCCAGUGACUCCAUUAGGUGCCCUUGUCGGAUAUGUCAUAAUAACUUCUUCCAGCCAUUUACUGUUAUAUUUCAUGGAGAAGAUGAUCCUUUUCAUGCCAACCGGUCAGACGAUGAGGAUGAUGGAGAUGAUACUGGAGAGUACAUUGAUGACGUCGAUGAGAUGUUAGAUGACAUUCGGGUGGGAUCCUUCAUGGAUGAUAUUAUCGGUUUAAAUGCUAGUGGUAGUGAUGAUGAUAAUGCACAGCCCAACGUUGGGACUUCUAGACACCAGACGUUUGAACAGUACGUCGAGGAUGCAAGUCGUCCACUAUAUCCAUCGUGUACAACCUACUUAAAGCUAUCAUUUAUGGUGAAGUUGCUUCACAUCAAGACAAUCGGGGGUUGGAACGUGAAGUCAUUUAACAUGGUGCUAAAGCUAUUGAAGUCUGCAUUCCCGAGUGCUCUCUUGCCUGAAGACUAUAAUGAUGCACGUCAGCUAGAGCGUGGGUUGAGAUUUAGUUACACCAAAAUCCAUGUAUGCCCAAAUGACUGUAUGUUGUUUUGGAAAGAUGAUGAAGACAAAGAUGAAUGCUCUAAAUGCAACGCAUCUAGGUGGAUCUCAAUGACGAGUAAACACCGGGUACCUCAGAAAGUGAUGCGUUAUUUUUCAUUGAAGCCUAGGUUGCAAUGCCUUUAUCUAUCGAAGAAGACAGCAAAAGCCAUGCGAUGGCAUAAAGAGGGUUGUAUUGAUGAUUCGAACUGUAUGAGGCAUCCAGCUGAUUCCAAAGUUUGGAAAGAUUUUGACAGGAAACAUGAUUGGUUUGCCAAAGAUUCUCGUAAUGUCCGUCUUGGACUGGCGAGUGACGGGUUCAACCCGUUCAAUAACAUGAGCAAGCCCUAUAGUAUAUGGCUAGUAAUACUUGUACCUUACAACUUGCCACCUUGGUCUUGCAUAAAAGACCCAUACUUUAUGUUGACCUGUUUGAUACUUGGUCCUAAAUCACCAGGAAAUGAUAUCGAUGUCUUCAUGCAUCCUUUAGUUGAUGAGUUGAAAGAAUUAUGGGAGGUUGGUAUUGAGACAUAUGAUGCAUUCAGUUCUGAUGUUUUCUGA